GUGCUGUUUAGAUCGCCAUGCGUGCUGUUAGGCGCACUUCUUGUUUACAACCGGGUCAAUUUCCUAGUCCCCGUAAAUUUAAGCAUAAUUCGGCGAUUUCUUCGAGGAUAUAACGCUGCCACGCAUGGCCGCUUCAUCGGGAAAGACCCCAGCCCUUGAUGCGGACCCCGAUCCCAGCCUGUUCUCCGCCACCGUGGUGGCCGGGCUCAGGAACCUGGGAGGCAUCAUCUCGCCCCCGCUGACCAAGCUGCUCAUCGCUAACUCCCUGAAGCUGACCCUCCAUCCGGAUGCCACCAUUGCUUCCGUCCCCGAGCUCUACGCCAGCAAUGCCGCCUGCGCCAAACAGAGCGAGUACGCGGUGGUUGCCCUGUACGCCCUGGCCACCAAGCACGGCUGGGACGGCCUCCAGCUCCGCCAGCAGCUGGAGAAACUGGCCUUGGAGGCAGGCACUGUCGACGAGCUGAGCCGCGUGUUCGAGGACAGCCGCAAGGACCUGAUCCUCCGUCAGGUGCAGCUGGGCCACAACUUCCCGCACAUCACCGACAUCCAGUGGCGCAUCGUGUGCGACGUCAAGUCCUCUACCUCCGACUGCAGCACCGGCGUGGCGAACUUCCACAUUAACCUGGGCCACUUCAAGACGAGCAGCGGCGAGCGGGAGACCAUCGUGGAGUUCGUCUGCAAUGCCGAGGAGCUGCAGUCGUUGAUCAACCGCCUCAAGGAGAUCGAGCGCCAUUGCCACCAGAUGGCCUUGGCCUAGAACAAGCCAGCUUUCAACAUUCUUAUCGAUUAUAUUUCGCACAGCAUAUGUAACACCAGCAUUUGUCGGCUAUAUACAGUGUCGGGAACAGAAAACCUAAA